AUGAAGAUCGACGACUUGAUCAUUACAGUAGCCUACUUCUCCAUCCCAGUCCAGUUGGUGGCAUCAUUGGCAUUCUACCCCAGGCUCGUGUCAAUGCCUCCACAAGUUUUGGGAGUGUUUAUACUUGUGGCUCUCUUUAUCCUUUGCUGUGGCACCGGUCACCUCUUAAGAUGUGCUGACAAGACAGACACAACAAUGUUUCACGUUGUCCAAUGGAUCACAGCCAUUGUGUCAAUCUUGACAGCAGUAGUUCUUCUUCCCAUGAUACCUGUCCUUAUGAGUGAAAUUGACGAAGGACUUGAACGUUUGCAGAAGCUUGAGAAUGAAGCAUCCAAGGGAGCCAAGUACAGUGCACUGAGCAUGCAGGAUGACGGCGCGGGGAACUGA